CCUCGCAUCUCACCAACGUCUUCCUGGACAAACACACGUGGAUUUCCACUGACGACAGUCAGAAACAACAAUAACAUGGCAAGUCAGGGACUCGCCUACGACGGCUGCAAUUUCUUCAGACAGCGGCUAGUUUUCUCCACACUUAGCGGGAAGCGGGUUAAAAUCAAGAACAUAAGGUCUAAAGAUAACGACCCGGGGCUCCGCGAUUUUGAGGCCAGCUUCAUCAGACUGUUAGACAAAGUGACCAAUGGCUCCAGAAUAGAGAUCAACCAAACUGGUACUGUGUUAUUCUACCAGCCUGGCUUGUUGUAUGGAGGUACUGUGGAACAUGACUGUAACCCGCAGCGCUCGAUUGGUUACUAUCUGGAAGCCCUGCUCAUGCUGGCUCCAUUUAUGAAGAACUCUCUGAAGGCCACUCUGAGGGGAGUCACCAAUGACUCAGUUGACCCGACUGUCGACCUGCUGAAGUCCACAGCCCUUCCUCUGAUGAAGAAGUUUGGCAUUGAUGGAGAGGGCUUUGAUCUUAAGGUGGUGAAGAGGGGGAUGGCACCGGGUGGGGGAGGAGAGGUUGUUUUCACAUGUCCUGUCCGCAGGACAAUCAGGCCAGUCCAGCUGACUGACCCGGGAAAGAUCAAGAGGAUCAGAGGAGUGGCGUAUUCGGUGCGAGUUUCUCCUCAGAUGGCCAACAGGAUAGUGGAGUCUGCCAGAGCCGUCCUCAACCAGUUCCUUCCAGACAUCUACAUCUACACUGACCACAUGAAAGGAGCCAACUCGGGCAAGUCUCCAGGUUUUGGUCUGACCUUGGUGGCUGAGACGCUGAAUGGUUCCUUCAUUAGUGCUGAGAUGUCGUCCACGCCGCAGGGGCAGGGAGACCCUGUACUGCCAGAGGACCUCGGUAGGAACUGUGCCAAGCUACUUUUGGAGGAAGUACAUCGGGGCGGCUGCGUGGAUUCAUCCAAUCAGAGCUUGGCGUUGCUCUUGAUGACUCUUGGCCAACAGGAUGUGUCGAAGGUUCUGCUCGGACCCCUCUCCCCAUAUACGAUCGAGUUCCUAAGACACAUUAGAGAUUUCUUCCAGAUCAUGUUCAAGAUCGAGGUCCAGAAGCCUUUAGAAGACGAAAGGAAAGGGGGAGACAAGGUCCUGAUGACCUGUGUAGGAGUCGGUUACAGCAACAUAAACAAAGGUCUAAAAUAAAAAAGUAUUUUUAUAUAAA